AAAAAUAGCAGAGGUUAUCAUCGACCACUGUGCCUGUCAGACUGCCUUCUUGACUGCUCACCUCCUGUUGGUGAACAGCUCCUCCCAUUCACACAUAUAAGCCAACACAGGGCUUUGCUUGGCUGGGGCUGAUCAGAGAACAUUUUUUCCCCAGUCGGCUGCUGUGUUGAGGGCCAGUGAACAUCUUUCCUCGCAUCACGCAUAGCCCAAGUUCUCUGAAUCUCAAGUUUGAAAUCAUCAGAAACCCAGAGAUUUGGAUCCCAUGAACCAGAAUCUAAUUCCCCAAAAUCGCCAGUAGCAGAAAUCCACAGGGAAUAGAAGAAAAACUAGUAACUUGGGAGAAGGGCUGCCCUCCCUCAGUACUGACCUGGGAUGUCAAGUUCGAUCAUCAUCUCAAGACUAGACAAGAAGCUUGAACCCAAAGGUGUCGGCCAGGCUCAGUAGGUAGUACUGAAACCUCUGGGCCAGAAGGUUGUGGAUUCUACUGGGGAGUUGGCAGACACUCCAAUGCAGUGCUGAGGUCAUGGCUGUGCCACUGUUCCCCAUGCAGCUGCUGACAGUGAUUCUCCACCUGUCUCUGGUCAGCACUAUUCAUGCUGGUGCCUACUAUCAAAUGAAGCAGGUUCCUCCGCAGUUCCCACAGGUGCAGAUGCACGGGCAGAUGCCUCACAUGAGGCCGAUGGGCAAGGAGAUGCCUCACAUGCAGCACAUGGGCAAGGACAUGUCAUACGUGCCAGUGUAUGGCAAGGACCUGGCGCACAUUCCUCAGUAUGGAAAAGAUAUUCCUCAAAGGCACAUGCUUGGAAAACAUGUGAUGCCAAUGAAGGAGGGAAAGGGUGAAAUGGUGCCAUCUUUUCCGAAUGGAAUGAGAGGUGAGAAAGGACCGUCGGGACAGCCUGGCCCAAUAGGGCCAAUGGGGCCGCCAGGAGCACCAGGAAUGCCAGGCCAGGGGAUUCAGGGACCACCAGGAAAACCGGGUCUCCCAGGUCAACCAGGAUUUCCAAGUAUUGGGAAGCCCGGGUUGCCAGGAAUUCCGGGGAAACCGGGAGGAAUUGGAAUGCCAGGAUACAAAGGUGACCUGGGGCCAAAGGGAGAAAGAGGACCCAUGGGACCAUCGGGAUUGCAAGGGCAACCAGGCCCUCCGGGACUUCCUGGAUUUGGAAAACCAGGAGGAGCAGGAUUACCAGGAAAACCAGCUCCAAAGGGAGAGCCGGGACACAAAGGAUUGCCAGGUCUUCCUGGUCUCCCAGGACCUAAGGGAGAUGUAGGAAUAGGUAUACGUGGUCUCCCAGGGAUAAAGGGUCCACCGGGACAGCAAGGAGCACAAGGUCCUGCAGGAUUGCCUGGUGUAUCCAAGCCUGGAUUAAAUGGAUUCCCAGGAGGACCAGGAAUGCCAGGUAAGGCAGGAUUCCCAGGGGAACCAGGGGCCCAAGGAAUGCCAGGGCCAAUAGGCGCUCAGGGGCCCCCAGGAAUGCCGGGCAUGGGAAAGCCAGGGGUGGAUGGACUUCCCGGUCAACCUGGAUUUCCAGGGGAAAAAGGUCACAAAGGGCUUCCGGGUUUCCCAGGCCCACCUGGAAUGCUGGGGAUGGCAAAACCAGGGAUUCCAGGCUUAAAAGGCGAUCGCGGUCAUGGGGGCCCUCCAGGAGCACAAGGAAUUCAAGGGCCACAGGGGCCCUCAGGUCCUCCCGGAAUUCCUGGUCUGCAAGGUGAACCCGGAGUGCCAGGGCUUCCAGGGCCGAUUGGGCCAUCGGGCGGCUUAGGUUUCCCGGGAAUAAAAGGGGAACAAGGGCCAGCUGGACCUCACGGUCACCAAGGUCCAAAAGGUGAACCUGGUCCAGGGGGAUUGCCAGGCCCAUCGGGAUUUCACGGUAAAGUAGGACAACCUGGUCAAAGAGGGUUUCAGGGGCCAAUGGGACCGAAGGGAAUGGCAGGACCUAAAGGCCCCCCGGGUUUGCCUGGAGUACAGGGGUUACCGGGAUUAAAAGGGAUACCUGGGCUUCCUGGGGAGCAAGGCCGUCAAGGUCCUAUUGGAAUACCAGGCAUUUCAGGUCCAGGAGGGCCAAUCGGGCCGCCAGGUCCAUCAGGACUUAAAGGAGAUAAGGGGCAGCCGGGCCUACCGGGAUUGCCAGGCUUAGGGAAACCUGGAGUUCCAGGACACGUUGGGCCAACAGGAAAACCAGGCCCUGAGGGACUCAAUGGAAAACCAGGCCUUCGCGGGCCCCCUGGGCUGCCUGGGCUUCCAGGCCUACCAGCCGUAAUGCCUGAUGCGAGGCAAUUCCAACUGCCUCACAUGGGGCCAGGGAUCGAUGGAAUUAAGACACCAGAAGGAUUUAUUAGUCAACCAAGUAAAAAAGGAAAACACAUGGGACUUAGUCCAGAGAUGCCCGCAUUUACCGUUAAACUCACGAUACCUUUCCCUCCGGUUGGGUCACCUGUCAAGUUUGAUAAAAUCUUGUAUAACGGCAGGAACAAUUAUCAUCCACAAACUGGCAUUUUCACUUGCGAGAUACCUGGAAUUUAUUAUUUUUCCUACCAUGUUCAUUGCAAAGGUUCCAAUGUUUGGGUUGCAUUAUAUCUGAACAAUGAACCACAGAUGUACACUUACGAUGAAUAUAAGAAAGGGAUCCUUGACCAGGCAUCUGGGAGUUCAGUCCUUAAGCUAAUGUACGGAGACCAGGUUUGGAUACAGCUUCCAUCUGAGCAAGCAGCAGGACUAUAUUCAGGACAAUACGUGCAUUCAUCCUUCUCUGGAUUUUUACUUUACCCAAUGUAAAAAUGUACACACUUAAGGCUUAAAGGAUGAUUUGUGUUACUUUAUGAAAACUACAUUUUCACUACUUAAGCAAUGACUGACAAUGUGUAGGUAAUUAACUAUCUGGCUUUCUUUGAUUUAAGGCUACUGUACGGUAAAUAAAAAGAAAGAAUAGACCAGGUCUGUUUCACACGCUAUAAAUAUGUUAGGGGAGUGGGUUGGGUGAUACAAUGCAAGACUUUGAAACCCAAGUUCCAAGCCCAUCUUAAACAGAUGAGAUGACUGUCUCCUUGCUCUUAAGGUGGUUUAAGGUCCCAUUUAUAUACGUUUUGCAGUCUCGAUCCAGUUUCCCAGCAGUAAUGAUUUGCGAAACAAAGAAUGUUUGGGAUUCGUUUUACCAUUGCAAUCUGAGGUGCUGGGAUUGUGGUAGAUUUAAAGAUUAAUGUAGGGAAACACUGGAUUAUAUGUUACUGUGCCUCACCUGUGAGUACUUGAUACUGUUACUGGGUGUGGUAAGGAUGAAGUGUUCCAUUUCCCAGCAUUAUCCUACAUCUCGAUAAGUCUACAUUCACAAAAGGCUGCUGAAACAAGGCGUACGUUAACAAUAUUGCAUUAGUAAGCCUUUUCUGCCUGCAAUGGGUGAAAAGAAAUGGAAGAUGAUAUUCAUAAGUGGAAUACGACCCAACGCACUUUGUUAAAAUAAGAGUUUUGGCAGCAGCCUGCUUGGUACUGAACAAAAACGGUUUUAUGAGUGACCUGUAAUCGGGUGAAAAUGCAAACAGUGCAAUAACCAAGGUUUCUUGCUAAUCUCUGAGGUGAAGCCCUGAACCUUUCUUUUAGAGGCAAAAUAGAGCCUGUUUUUUUCCAAUCUUUGCUCAAUCAAACACUUGAAAAUGUAAUCCAAUACAAUAUUAUCUGUUCAUAUGAGACAAAUGCCCUUGAAAAUCCAUAAGUCUCUCCACCUAAUGAUCCUGACCAUUUUGGAUCAAGCAAUUCUUCAGCUGAUGUAAGAGAGUAGAGCCUCACCUAUGAAUGUUACGAAAUGCAGAAUACCAUUGAAAAAGACAUUAAAACCAAGAGGAACUUAUCAAUUUAAACAUGAGCAAUGCAAAUGUGGGACACAUGCCACCAAAUCAUGCAACAUCUACUUAAAGAUAGCAUGUAGUUAACAAAAAGAAAAUAUCAAAGUUGGGGAUUUUAAGAAACAAGUUGAAGCAUUUCAAUAGGCUACCAAAAUAUAAGAAGUAAGUCUGUGCUUAGUCCAAGAUAACCGGAAACCAGUACGACUGUGGAAGUUACGUGACUACAGUUCUGAUAACAUCAAGCAGUUUGUAACUACUAAUAAAACAUUUCCAACCUUUUCAACUAUAAUUUAUUUGUUUUACUACUGAUUUAUCUAAACUUGUAUAUGACUAGAAGGACUACAUCAAAAUUCAACUGAAAAUGUUUCAUGUGGUCUAACUGAUCAAAAUAAAAUGCUCGAACUGAUUUGCUAAUUCACAAAGAAAUCUCAAAAACUUUGACUUCAAUGUUGGUUCAAACCUUUUCUAUUUUGACUGUCUCACUUCACAAGUUCUGUGCCAUAAACUGCAAAUCCAAUUAAAUGUUCUGUAAAAUGUGAAGAAAACGUUGAAUUGUUCAAAAGGAUGACUUUAACCAAAACUUAAAUGGCGAUGACGACCGAUAUAAAUGUUCUUGUGCUUUUGUCGCCUCCCGCUAGUCCAGCAAUACACACUCACAAAAUAGCAAUGACAAAAUGUAUUUGUUUUGUUUCAAGCAAUAUUUCCAUUAGUUUGACAAGUGCUUUACUGCAUUUGUGAGUCAGUGAUAGCAUAUUUCUACUUGUAUCAUCUUUUUGGACUUCAAUUGUUUUGCUACAGCACGGCAAUUCGAUUUGGCGAAUUUUCGGGCGAUAACAUUUUUCAUAAAGUCUUUGUUAAAGAAUAAUAGUGCUGACACGGUGCGUUAAUUGCUCUAACACAGUGGGUCAUGGAUGCAAGUUUCUAUAUAUAUAUAUAUAUAUAUAGAAACUCUAUAUAUAUAUAAAGAAAC